AUGUGCAACGAUAAAGGAGGCGACGGUCUCGUUGCGGGAUCAUCCGAGACUCAAUUCGUUGCCACCGACGUUGGCACCCAGGAUCACAGCCAAUUCCCAUCAGAAUCACUUUCUCAGGUUCUUUCGAGCGUCCAGGAAAUUACAUUGGUGCCCGAUACCGACGAUGAGGAUGACACCGAUUUUGAAUUUCCUCCAAACAGAGAGACUAUCACCGGACCGCAAACACCUCCUCGACUCCGCCAGAACUCCGAGACUGGUGAAACAAGUGAGCACACAUAUUCAUCAGUGUCACUUCAGCCAGAUGAGUCAGAGGCAAUAUACAGCGAAAGAGAUUUGACUCCACAGAUAUCCCUUCGACAAGGCCAGAGUCGUCCUGUCACUCUCCCAAACGCACCUAGCGUACCUCACACUACUCCGUCUCAAGCUGUUGACAACAAACCCUCUGAAGCUGUUGAGGGCAAUACUUCUCAAGCUGUUCAGAACAGUCUUUCUCAAGAUGUUAGGAAAAACCAUUCUGAACAGUCUGAUGAUGCAUCUGGAGAGUCUGCACCCAGUCAGCCACCCAAAAAGGUCAACGUUGCCCGUUUUGAAUGUGAGGCCUGCGAUAAACAGUACGCGAGUAAAAAUGGUCUGCGGGCGCAUAUACAGGCAAUUCACGACAAGAAACAGUUCAAGUACGAUGAGUGCGGAAAACGAUUCUCACGAAGAUCCUCUCUGCAUACACACAUGCACGUACACAAAGGCAGGGAGUUAAAGUGUGCUAAAUGUGGGCAGGAAUUCAAGCGCAACGCUAACCUGGUUGAGCACUUUUUCUUGAAGCACGAGAAGAAAUCAGAUUAUGAAUGUCAAUCUUGUGGGAAACUGUUCUAUAGGGCUUUCCACCUGGAAAGGCAUAAACCCAAUUUAGAAUUUGUAAACACUGAAACAAGGAGGAGGGUUAAUCCAAGGAGUGAUAAGGAAGAGGAAAUGGUACCACAGAUAGUGGUAGAUGGACCCACAGAGGAGACAUCCAGAGAGACAGAGGGGGCAGCUCGAGCAGACACAGCAGAGGACUAUCUAAAGUACCACAAAUUGCUGCUGGAGGCCACCUAA